AGGAAAAGAGAAAAGAAGGGUGGGGUAGAAGACAAGAGAAACGGCUUCCUUGUAGAGUGUGUAUGUGCACAACUGCCAUCCAUUAAAACCAGACACAAAUACACACAAGCCUUUUAUUCAGAGAGAGAGAGAGAGAGAGAGAGAGAGUGCUCAAGAACACCUCACGACAGCCUAUUCCAUAUCCCCUAUGCUCUUUUAAUCUCUCUUGUUUCAUUCAUUCCUUCUGGAAUUUAGUUUAUAAUUCAUAACUGCAACGAUCUACGCUUAUCAAAUCAUCAAUUUCUCUCAUUUUUUUUUAUCUCGAUUUGAAAUCGACAAGACUGGGAAGGACUGGUUCGUUUCCACGAUUGGGCGCUGAUCUGUUUGUUGGGAAUUAGGCAUUCGAAUGACGAUGAUCAGCUUAUCAAAAUUUCUCGAUAAAGUUUAUUUGAUGGCAGAAGGUGGAUCUCGUUACUGUUCUAAAAAGUCCGAUGAUAUAUGCGGUGAUGUUUGCGAUGAGGAUUCAGGAAGAUCUUCAACAAUAUCAAGAGUCCGUUGCAUUCUUCGCGGAAUAGAAUUAAAAACACUCGUCUUCCUGUUCGUCUUAGUCCCAACUGUAAUCCUCGGUUUAUACAUUCAUGGUCAAAAAAUCUCCUACUUCUUACGCCCAUUAUGGGAAUCCCCACCAAAACCCUUCCACGAAAUCCCACAUUACUACCACGAAAACGUCUCCAUGCAGAAUCUCUGCAGACUCCAUGGAUGGGGAACUCGCGAGUUCCCAAGGCGUGUUUUUGACGCAGUCUUAUUCAGCAACGAAGUCGACCUUCUCACAAUCCGAUGGCAUGAAUUAUACCCUUACGUUACAGAAUUCGUCCUCCUUGAAUCCAACUCGACUUUCACCGGAUUACCAAAACCCCUAGUUUUUGACUCCCUUCGUGAACAAUUCAAAUUCGUUGAACCCCGAUUAACAUACGGAAAAAUCCCUGGAAGAUUUCGUAAAGGUGAAAACCCUUUUGUUGAAGAAGCGUAUCAAAGACUUGCGUUGGAUUAUCUUUUAAGAAAAGCUGGGAUUCAAGACGACGAUUUAUUGAUCAUGUCAGAUGUUGACGAGAUUCCAAGUAGACACACGAUUAAUCUAUUAAGAUGGUGUGAUGACAUACCUUCAAUUCUUCAUCUUCGAUUAAAAAACUAUCUUUAUUCCUUUGAGUUUUUUCUUGAUAACAAUAGUUGGAGGGCUUCUAUUCAUAGAUAUAAAUCCGGGACAACAAGAUACGCUCAUUAUCGACAAUCGGAUGUUGUGCUGGCGGAUGCCGGGUGGCAUUGCAGCUUCUGUUUUCGCCACAUCAGCGAGUUUGUUUUCAAAAUGAAAGCUUACAGUCAUUUCGACAGAGUCAGAUUCAGUAACUUUCUGAACCCGAAACGGGUUCAGAAAGUUAUCUGUAAAGGAGCAGAUUUGUUUGAUAUGUUACCCGAAGAGUAUACGUUUAAAGAAAUUAUCGGGAAAAUGGGACCCAUUCCUCAUUCGUAUUCUGCUGUUCAUCUGCCAGCUCAUCUUCUUGAAAAUGCUGACAAGUACAGGUUUCUUUUACCAGGGAACUGUUUAAGAGAAAGUGAGUAAAAAAAAUGGUAAUUUCAGUGUAAAGAUUGAUAAAGAUUGGAUCUUUGAAGCUUUUAUACAAAACCCAUAAAGGGUUUGACCAAAAAGAUAGUUGACCUGAGAAAAAUAGCAUCGUACUUUCUGAGGGUGAUAAUGUACAUAAUCUUCUUCUUCAAUGGAAACAUAUUUUUCAAGAUUUCAUCUUCCCUUUUGGCUCAAGGUAAAAAGCUUUAAGAUUUCUAUUUGGUUUUAGGAAAUUUUGAGGUGAUAUGAAUCUUUCUUUAAAUAUUAUUAAAUUCAAUUUGUUUUUACAUAUAUAUUUAAUUUAUGAUUUGUGUAACUUGGGUUUGGCGUAUUGAUGAUGAUGAUAUUUAGAGAGGAUUGUUGCUAGCAAUGCUUGUGUUGUUUGUUUUGUUCAUUUAAAGUGUUUCUGUAUACAGCUAUGAUGAAUAUAUUAAUAAAACCUUAGCAUAAAGAAUUAUUUCAAGAAUAAAUAAAGAAUCUGAUUCUUUUGUUGAUAA